AUGAUCUUCGAUGGCCGGCGCUACAACUGCAUUGCUUACUGGGCCAUGAUCCCUGUCUGUGGCGGAGCAGUCAUCAGCAGCUGGAGUGAGGCCAACUUCUCCCUGCUGGGAAGUGCUCUCUCAGCCCUAGCUGUCGCGUUCCGCGCCCUGUGCCCUGGUGUGGCUGUUCAUGAAGACGAUUAUGCAAGGAAGGCUGCUAUGUGA